ACUACGCAUUUUUUAAUACCUAAACUAUCUUUUGCACGUGUAGUCCGAGAAAUUAUACUUGACAUAUUCCCUAGACAGGAUAUCACAAGGAUACAAGCUUCUGCUCUCGAAGCCUUGCAAGAAGCAACAGAGAUGUACCUUGUGCAAUUUUUUGAAGAUUCAGUAUUGUUGGCAUUGCAUGCUAAACGGGUUACUCUCAUGCGAAACGAUAUGAUUCUAAUGCGCAGGCUCAGAGGUCGCGGCGAUAUUAUCAAUAGAUAAGAAGAAUCUUGUUUUACAAUUAGAUCAAUAUUUUAAGACAAAACAAAUUUUUUUUCAAUUCUUAUUUACUUUAAAUAGACAAAUAUCUUGCUUUUUUAUGUAAUGUUAUCAUAAAAUUAUGAAUAAUGAUGAAAGGUCUUGCACAAAAUUUUAUAAAGUUAUGACAAUGUCAUUACAGACAGGAAUUUUAUAAAUAUGUUAUACCGAAAAUGUUAUUUUUAAUUUGAGACUUGGAUUUAAGCUCAGGGACAUAUACAAAGACAUGUGACAAAGUGUUCGUUGCGUUUUAUAAGAUAAUAUAAAUAAUAUUGAAAAAAGCUUUUAAUUUGUAAAAUAUUGAUAUUAAUAUAUAUGAAUAUUGAUAUUCGUUACACGAAUAUUUUAUAAAUUCAUGUGCUGUUUUAUGUAAAUUUUAUUCCAUGUUAAUAUGAUAGUGCAAGAUAGUUCACUAGAGAUACAUCUAUUUUUAUAAGCUAUGUUUGAUACACUCUUAAUAAAAAAACAAAUAAAGAAAAUGCAAAUAAUUUUUUUAUACAUUUUUCUCAUAUUCAAUAGGAGUAAAAAGCGCUGUCGUCUUGCUAAAUAAAAUUUAUUUCUGAGAAACAUCUCAAUAAAAUUCAUCUUUACGAAACUUUGGUAAAAUAUACAGUUUUGCAAUGAUCAGACGGAUCUCUUAAACUACGAAUAUCGAAGCGUUGCCGUUUUGAUCCAAGCGGAAACGUAUCAGCAAUUGGUACAAUAAAAAGUGUUAAAUAGUAAAAUAUCUCGCGACCUGAAAAGCGGUCACGGUCAUGUAUCAGAUGUUCGACUUUGUGCAUGUGUUACGAUGACAUUCUUUAUAACUGAUGACAAUUUUUUGUUCCAAA